AUGGCCACCAAAGCCAAUAUGCACCGAUAUCUCCGCCAGUCGCUGGAGCAUAUCUUCCAAAACAACAAGAAAUGGGUCUCGUCGAAGAAAGAGACCGAUGCCACCUUUUUCGACAAGCUUUCUGCUGGCCAAUCACCAGACUACCUCGAUAGCCGUGUCCCCGCCAACGAAAUCAUGGGUCUGGAAGCUGGCGAGGUCUUCGUUCACCGUAAUAUCGCCAACCUGGUGCCCAAUGUCGACCUCAACGUCAUGUCGGUGAUCAACUAUGCUGUGCGCCACCUAAAGGUCAAGCAUAUCAUUGUGUGCGGCCACUACAAUUGUGGUGGGGUCAAGGCGGCCUUGACACCUGCUGACCUGGGACUGCUUAACCCAUGGCUCCGAAACAUCCGCGAUGUUUAUCGCUUGCAUGAGAAGGAACUUGACGGAAUUCCCGAUGAGCACUCGCGAUACAAUCGUCUGAUUGAACUCAAUGUGAUGGAAUCCUGUAGGAAUAUCAUCAAGACCGCUGCUGUCCAGCAGAGCUAUGAAGAUAACCAUUAUCCCAUUGUUCAUGGAUGGGUCUUCGAUCUCGGCGACGGCCUGCUGAAAGAUCUCAAGAUCGAUUUCGAAGCCGAGUUGGAGGACGUGAAGAAAAUCUAUUGUCUGUCGUCGGGUCAGAAAUCCGAGCAUUAA